UUGUCUUUAUUCACGUACGUCCCAACGUGUUAUUGAACUCCAAACUUAGAUGCUUAGUUCGAAUUGCGUAAUUUCACUAACCAUCAGUCCGAAGUUCCGUUCUUAUAAGCAUUGCAAUGAAUCUCAUCGGAGUUCCGCCGGAUACCUCUGAUAGCAAUAACACCAUCUAUUUCGAUGAAACAUUGGAUCACUUGCUUCACCAGGAGUUUAAUGAUCUCGAUUUCGUUGAAUUCUCAUUACAGCUUCCCUCACCGCCGCCAAACACGGUUGAGAUGCCGCCCAUUGAUUUGAUUCCUGCACCGGCAGAGCCACCACAACUUCCGAGCUUGAUUGUGGCAGGCGCCGGAGCUAACACCGACGGAAACAGUGGUGGAGGGAAUGUGAUGACUGUUCGCAGUGAUAGAAACGUUGGUGGGCCCUCAACAUCAUUGUCUUUAAAGAAGAAGGCCAUAUCACCUGAAAUGCUUGCGGAGAUUGCAGCCGUCUAUCCUAAGAAAGCAAAGAGGAUUCUUGCUAAUAGGGAUGCUGCUAAAAGAUCUAAGGAGAAGAGGAGACAUUAUGAAGAAGAGUUGGUAAAGAUGGUGGAGUCCCUUCAGAUUCAAGCAGAUUACGCAACUGCAGAGCGUGUGAUGGCAAUGAAUGAAGCUACUGAUUUAGCAGACGGGAACAAUAAGAUCAAAGAACAGAUACUGUCUGCCAUUGAAAAUCAAGAAAAGAAGAGAGCUUUCUUAGAAAAGUUAAAAGAAGAAAGGGAUAUCCUCAAGAUGCAAAAUCAAGAACAAACAACUAUCAUUGAUUCUUCUUCUGGUGAACCACCCUCUCAAUCCCAGAGUCAUCAGGUUCCUCACCAGUCACAACUCUACAUACCGCAGUUGCCGCCUCUAAGUCCUGAUCCACCAUCUCCCAUCGUUGGUCCGCCUUUUGAUGAUCAUUUUAUCGGCACCGACUUUUCAAACUACAAUCCGUUUGACUAGUUUCAUAAUAGCAAUAGUAGUGAAUGGUUUUGGGGGAAAUCAAUUAUAACAACUUCACAAAUAACAUCUAUUGUGCAUUGACAUAUACAUGUAAGUGUAAUGGGGGAAGCUUGUGAAGGAAGUCAUUGUGCAUUUCAUUAUGUUAUUUUUGAACAAUUUGAUGCUGCGGGAACGGUAUAUAUUCCAAUGUUUCAUAUUCA